UGAUGCUCUCACCUUAACACAGAUAAAUAGAGACUCCUCCACCACAGAGCAGCACUUAAUCCACACACACUCUCACUGAGAGACACCACAACCCGCACACCAACCGUCUGUCUGCCUGACUUACUGACUUACAGAGAUACUCUGACUGCUACUGGGAUUUACUACUGACACACUGCACCAGAGAACAGGAUGAAGCUCACUGUUGUAAUUCUCUGCCUGCUGGGAGCCACCGCUGCUAACCCUAUCCUUCACAAGGUUUCCAUGGAGAUCAUAGACCACGCAUCCAAUUCUACCUCAUCUGUAUCUGAAUCUUCUGAAGAGAGCAACACAUCAGAACAUGAUAGUUCUCCAGAAAACACUUCAGAGAACAUCUCCUCAGAAUCAGAUGAGUCUAAAUCAGAUGAGCAGACCUCAGACCUGAGCCACAGUCACUCACUAGAAGAACGGUUUGGUACAGGUGAGCCUGGAAUGACCACAGACAACAGCCAAGGAAGCCAGGAGAACAUGCGCAAGAACUGGGUUCAUCUCAUCAACGUCAAAAUGGCCAGUAAAGAGGACACGGAGGAAGUGACCGACCAACCAGACGAGGAGGACAAAGACACGACAGAGGACCAGACCUCAGAGAGCAGCGAGUCCACGGAGAAGCCCACCCCCAGCAGCAGCAGCAGCAGCACAGAGGACAGCAGGGCGGUGGUGGUGGACAGCUCUGAGAACAGCCACAGCAACAGCAGCAGCAGCAGCAGCAGCAGCGAGAGCCACGAGUCCAGCCACAGCACAGAGAGCACAGAGAGCCAGUCCAAAGAGUGCCCGCCCGGAACAGACAGCAACGAGUGCGACAGCGACGAAUACCAGUUCCACGACGUCGGAGACGAUGGAGCCACUGACCCCUUCAACGGCUUCCACACGCCCGACAACGCCGGCCACGAGUUCGCCUUUAAGAGAUGACCGGCUCAAGCUUUUUAACAUCUAAACUUUAAAUAUUGCUCUGAGAUAUGCUAUUUGGAAAUCCCUGGAGAGAGAUUAUUAAAGGAUAACUAAAGGAAUAAGAAGAGAGAGAGGUGUGAAAAAGGAGGUAUCGUUACUUUAGUCAAACAAGGGCUAAAGUAGAGUAAAAUUAAAAGUAGACUACCUUUAAAAAACCUUUGUUUUUUUGGAGUAAAAGCACAAAAGUAGCAGCUUUAAAACGACUUCAGUACUGUACUGAGUACUAGUUCUAGAACCAAAGUGGAACGUCUUAGACUUUCCAGCUCUGUAAGAACAGGAACCAAAGAUUAUUAAACUCUACACAAGGCAGUCCAGUAUGAAAUCACUCAUAUCAGCCAUAACAUUAAAACCACUUUACACAUUACACAUUACUAUUAUUGAUUAGAUUUACUCAGAUAAAGAAAUAGCUUGUUUUUACCAAAUGCUUUAAGACCUGUAAGUUAUGGAUCACAUCAAAUGGGCCUAAUGCACCAUGUAGUUACCACAAUCUGACUUUCGUCAAGUUGUAUCACAUUGUUAUACUUUUACUGCUUCAACGUCACAUGAACUCCAAUAACUCUUUAUUUUCUGUCUAAUACUCUACAUAAACUUGGCAUCAGCUGCCAAGAGUCCCGAGAGAGCACCAUUGGUCUUGCUCUCUUUCUGGGUGGGUACAGUAGAUGGCGCUCUUUCCCCUCAUCACUCCUAGGGUGAUGUCGAUCAGCACAAGGCUGCGUCUGUGAGCUGAUGUAUCAAAACCGAGUCGCCGCACUUUCCUCCGAGUGCGCUGUGAUGCUACUUAGCAAUGCUGCAUCAGCAGCAGUUUAAAAAGAGGUGGAGUCUGACUUCACAUGGGUUGGGUUAUUGGCCUUGUAAACUGGGGAGAAAAUGGGAUUAAAAAUUAGAAAUAAAAUUAUUUUGAAAAAUAAAAAAAAAUCUAUGUAGAUCCCAUUCCUUCCCAUUCGUGCAGUCGGAACUGGAUGUUUCAAGUGAAUCAAUGCUAUUUACUUCACGUGUCAGUGGUUUUAAUGUUAUGGCUGAUUGAUGUUGGAUAUCAUGACUUCACAAAUGGUCAGUUUUGCUCCUUAUUUUCCAUAUAGGGACUUUAGAUAGGGCCCAAUACUUUUUUUUUUUCCACAUUUUACACUUGUUCACUUGAUGUUUGGAUCAAUAUUUGUUUCAGUCUAACUGUUAUAGAUUACGCUUAUUUAUUGUAUUUUAGUUUAAAUAUAUAGAUGUAAAAUAUAUGUAAUAUGUUAUAUAUAUAUGUCGUUUUUCACUCCUGGAACAUGGCUACCAUACCUCAGUUACAGCAUGAACUGUUGUUACAGUUUGAAAUUGCACAGUAUUUAUUAUUAUUAUUAUUAUUACUACAUAAUAUCACUGUUUAUUUAUAGCUGAAAUGACUCUGUAUAUACUGUAGUCAUCUUAUAGUCAAUGACUCUGACGUCUGUAAAUAAACACUGAUGCAAACAGCAA